GAAUAAGAACUUAAUAGUUGUUAGUUGAUGGAAGAAAAGUAUCAGUUGAAAAUAAAAAUAAAAAUAUUUUCUUUGGAUCUUAUAUUCAUAAAUGGACUGAAAAUGACUGCCCUGUUCCAAAAGGAGGAACAGAGAUCUUAAACUAUACUUCUUAACUGGUAAUACUUGACUCAUCACCUUCUUGCCUAAAUCUGAACUAAAAUACUGUAUAUUGUACCUCCUCAGAAGUUUAUAAACUAACCUACCAAAAAAUUCAGUUGAGGACGAGGCAGAGACAUUUUUGAAAGACUAGGUAAUUUCCACCUAACUGUUGAUCUCCUUUGGGCCUUAAAGGACCUUGUGGUUUUGUUACCAGAAAAGGAGUCCGAUCUGGACCCCAAGAAAGGGUUCUUAGAUCUCACGCAAGAAAGAAUUCAGGGCAAGUACAUAGAGUAAAGUGAAAGCAAGUUUAUUUAGAAAGUGAAGGAAUAAAAGAAUGACUCCACAGACAGAGCAGCCCCAAGGGCUGCUGGUUUUAUGGUUACUUCUUGAUUAUAUGCUAAACAAGGGGUGGAUUAUUCAUGAGUUUUCCAGGAAAGAGGCGGGCAAUUUCCAGAACUGAGGGUUCCUUCCCAUUUUAGACCAUAUAGGGCAACUUCCUGAUGUUGCCAUGACAUUUGUAAACUGUCAUGUCACUGGUGGGAGUGUCUCUUAGCAUGCUGAUAUUUUAUAAUUAGUGUAUAAUGAGUCAUGAGGACGAACAGAGGUCACUCUCAUCGCCAUCUUGGUUUUGGUGGGUUUUGGCUGGCUUCUUUAUCGCAGCCUGUUUUAUCAGCAAGGUCUUUGUGACCUGUAUCUUCUGCUGACCUCCUGUCUCGUCCUGUGACUGAGAAUGCCUUAACCUCUUGGGAAUGCAGCCCAGUAGGUCUCAGCCUUAUUUACCCAGCCCGUAUUCAAGAUAGAGUGCCUCUGGUUCAAACACCUUUGACAAAAGCAUACCUAUACCUUAGUCUGCUAUGUGUAAUGCAUUCCAACAUUUGCUAUUCUGUUUAUUCACUUUUUAUUGAUCUGAUUGUGGCCACUAAAUUGAUUCAUAACCUAAUAAUGAGCCUCAUUGUACCUUCAGCCCAAGUGACUGCCUGUUUCCAUUAGCAAACCCAAUUCUUUGGUGAACAUAUAAUCUUAGAGUCCUCUGUAAAGAGAGACUAUCUUUCAAAGUUGUCAGGAAUUAAAAAAGAAAGUCACUUUUUUGUGCCCCUUUCUCACUGUAGUGAGAUGAAAAAACUCUGGGUUUUUUUAAACACUGUUAAACUUACAGAAAUAUUUCAAGAAUAAAGAAUUGCUGUAUACCCUUUACCUAGAGAUCACAUUGACUUUUUUUUUUUUUUCUUGAACUGGAGUUUCACUCAUGUUGCCCAGGCUGGAGUGCAAUGGUGCGAUCUCGGCUCACCCCAACCUCUGCUUCCCAGGUUCAAAUGAUUCUCCUGCCUCAGCCUCCCGAGUAGCUGGGAUUACAGGCAUGUGCCACCACACCCAGCUAAUUUUGUAUUUUCAGUAGACAUGGGGUUUCUCCAUGUUGGUCAGGCUGGUCUUGAACUCCCGACCUCAGGUGAUCUGCCUGCCUCAGCCUCCCAAAGUGCUGGGAUUACAGGCGUGACACAUUCACAUUUUUACCAGUUGUCCUAAUAAAGUCCAUGGGAGCAGAAAGAUCCAAUCCAGGAUCACUAUACCCAAUUUUUGUGUAUCUCUAGUUAGACUUUCCUUGACUUAUAUGACCUUGGUUUUUUCGGGGUGUUUUGUUUUGUUUUGUUUUGUUUUGUUUUGUUUUGUUGCCCAGGCUGAAGUGCAGUAGUAUGAUCUUAGCUCACUGCAUCCUCUGCCUCUUGUGCUCAGAGGAUCCUCCCACCUCAGCAUCUUGAGUAGCUGGGACUACAGGUGGGCGCCACCAUGCCUUGCUAAUUUUGGGUUUUUUUGUUUUGUUUUGUUUUUUUGGUAGAGACGGGGUUUUAUGACAUUGCCCAGGCUAAUCUUGAACCCCUGGGCUCAAGAGAUUUGCUCUCCUUAGCCUCCCAAAGUGCUGAGAUUACGGGCAUGAGCCAUCACGCCUGGCUGACCUUGAUAUUUUUGAAGAUAGCAGGCCAGUCAUAUAUGUCCCUCAGUUUAGGUUUAUUCAGUGUUUUCUCAUGAUUAGACCCAGCUUAUGCAUUUUUGGCCACAGUGUCAUAGAAGUGAUACUGUACUCUUCUCAUUUCAUGCUGUCAGUUUGUCAUGUUACUAGUGGUCUUGUCUUUGAUGACUGGAUUGAGAUGACGUCUGCCAGGUUUCUCCAUGGUAAAGUUAGUUUUUCCUCUUUUGUGAUUAAUAAAUGUUGUCUGAUGUGGUACUUUGAGAUUGUGUAAACUCCAGUUUCUCCUCUACUUUUACCCACUACUUUGAACAUCCAUUAAUACUUCUUUCUUGGAUUGAUUUUACAGUCAUGGUUGCCAAAUGGUAAUUUUUCUAACUUUAUUACCCCUUCUACAUUUGUUAGUAGGCAUUCUGUUGUAAGCAAGAAGCUUUUCUCGUCCUAUUUAUUUUUUUCAUUCAUUUAUUUAUAUCAGUGUGUACUCAUGGGUUCCUAGUCAGUGGGUUAUAAUUCAUUGCUGUCGUUAUUUAUUAUGAUGCUCUUAUUAUCCCAGGUUUGGCUUUUUAAGCAGGCUUCUGUGUCCUUGUGUCAUAUCAUUUAAGUGUUGUUUGAGGACUUUCUCAUCUUCUAGCACAAGAGAUCAGGCUCAUUUUCUUUCCUUACCCCAGCUCUGGAAUUAGCCAUUUCUCCAGGGAGCCCUGUUCCUCUUAGUACAAAGUGGCAUUUAGAAACAAUGAUCUGGGCACUAGGUACGCUAAAUGCUGCUGGAGUGUUGCUCUUCCCAGGCCCCUUUCAGUGGACAGAGCUAGGAAAGACAUACAUAUGGAUGCAUUUGCUUACAUAUACAUGUACAUUUACAUCUUUAUUUCUUUAUCUAUCUAUAUUGAAAAUCAUGAGUUCAUACCAACAUGGGGUUCUUUCUAGCUUCCCCCCCCUUUUUUUUUGUAUUUAUGUCUGCCUUCUCUAACAAUGAGAAACCUAGUUGCCAUUUUCAAUAUGUUUAUUUAUUUGCUCAAUCCCUUGUGUAAAGCCAAUCCCCUAACUAGAUCCAAGUAGACCAGGCUACUACCUCACCACUGUACCCUCCUCUUAUUGCCAGGGCUCUUUGCCUUCUAAGAAAUAAGGAAAGCUGGGAAGAGGGAAGGAGGAAGAUAGGUAGAGAUAAGUUUUUUCUUAAAGCAUUUGAAAAGGAGAUUCUGUCGUCCUUUUCAGUAACCUUUUACAUAAUCACAAGGAAAAUAAAUGCAUAGAAUAUAAAAACUGGUAUUUAAGCUCUUUGCUUCAGAUUUUCAUUUGGAUUCUUACAUAUAUUUUAUAAAUGCACGUGCAUGUUAACCAAGUAUUUUUUUGUGAUAAUGACCAUGUAUUGAGCAUGACCACAUGCUAGGCACUGUGAUGGAUGAUUAUGUGUGUGUGUGUAUAUGUGUGUGUAUGUGUGUGUGUGUAUCCUAAACCAUAUAACAACUCUGUAAAUAAGCAUCCUUAUCACUGUUUUGGGUGAUGAACCAAGUAAGAUUCAAUGAGGCUGAAGAACUUGAUCAUAUCAGUCAGUUAAGCAGGGGUUAGAAUUUCAAUCCAGGAUAUCUGACCUCAAAUACACACCCUUCCCAAACCAUGUGUACGGCACCAUGGUAUAUUGCUAGCAUUGGAAAUCAUCACUGGGGAGCAUUUUAUCAAACAUCACCCUUAAACCAUGCCAUUUAGGUUUUUUUAAUUUAAAAAAAUAAAAAAAGGAAAAAGUAGAAAUUACUCAACUGGUUCAUUAAUUUCUUCCUUUACUAACUUUUGGGAGAGUUGAGUCAAUGAGAGUCGAUGAUUAGUAUUCACAUCAUGAGACAUUUUAUUGGCUUAUUCACACAUUAGAUAUGUCCUAUCUCAAAAACUAACAUAUGCAGUUCCUCUAUUUGAUAGUUCUUAUAUUUGUUGGAAACUCUGUUGAGCCGACUACCUGGUGCUCUUAAUUCCAUUAUAACAACGCCCUAAAGUUUAUAGACUUUUUUCUUCCCUCUUUUUUACCUACAAGAAAUAAAAUAGAUGAACUCAACAUCCUAUCCUGCUUAUCUGGAAUGAGUUAUUUUCUAAACAAGUGGCUGUUUGCAAAGCUCAUCCUGUAGAAGUCUGUCAAGAAUAUUUCCAUUCAGUUCUUAUUUUUACAGGGGAAUUAAUAUCUUUUCAGUCAGAAAGGAACAAUAAAUGCUUGUUGGCUGGGUUGAAAAAAAUUAAAUCUACAAAAAGACAAGUGAAGAAAGAAAGAGCUCACAUUCAACUUUCUGGAGAAUUUAUCUCUGUUUCUCUGUAUAUCUGAUGUGUUCCUGCAAGUGUCUCAAAUACCCAGAAUUUUACUGAAGGAUUUGAAUUGGUAGAUAUUUUCAGAUCUGUUUUUACUUUACUUUAAUCAACCAAAGUUUAUUCUUCAGGCAGUUGCGUUUUGCUCCCCUUUUACUGGCUGUGUGUCUUUGGCCAAGACACUUAACCUUUCAGAACUUCACUUUCUUCAUCUGUAAGAUAGUAAUACGGUCACAAGUCCCUUAACGACAGGGAUACAUUCUAAGAAAUGAGUUUUUAGGCAAUUUCGUCCCUGAGCAAACAUCAAAGAGUGAAUUUAACACAAACCUAGAUGGUACAGCCUACUACACACCUAGGCUAUAUGGUAUAGCCUAUUGCUCCUAGGAUACAAACCUGUACAGCAUAUUACUAUAUUGAAUAUUGUAGAGCUGGAACAUGAUAAGUAUUUGUGUGUCUAAACAUAGAAAAGGUACUGUAAAAAUACUGGGUAAAAGAUUAAAAAUGAUAUACCUGUAUAGGGCACUUACCGUGAAUGAAUGCACCUUACAGGACUAGAAGUUGCUUUGGGUGAGUCAGUGAGCAAGUGGUGAGUGAAGGCCUAGGACAUUACCGUACACUACUAUAGACUAUUAACACUGUGCACUUAGGCUACACUAAAGUUAUAAAAAUGUUUUUUCUUUCUUCAAUAAUAAAUAACCUUAGCUUACUAUAAUUUUUUUACUUUAUACAUUUUUAAAAUUUAAUGUUUUGACCCUUUUGCAGUAAUACUUAGCUUAAAACACAAACACAUACAGCUGUACAAAAAUAUUUCUUUAUAUUCUUAAUCUCUAAGCUUUUAUCUGUUUUUUUUUUAACUUUAAAACUUUCUUGUUAAAAACGAAGACACACACACAUUAGCUUAGGCCUACACAGGGUCAGAAUCAUCAGUAUCACUGUCUUUCACUUCCACAUCUUAUCCCAUUGGAAGGUCUUCCUGCGUGGAGCUGUCACUUCCUAUCAUAACAAUGCCUUCUUCGGAAUAUCUCCUGAAGAACCUGCCUGAGGCAGUUUUACAGUUAACUUUUUUAUAUAUAAGUAGAAGGAGAAGUACACUCUAAAAUAAUGAUUUAAAAUAUAGUAUGGUAAAUACCAGGUUAGGCCGGGCAUAGUGGCUCACGCCUGUAAUCCCAGCACUUUGGGAGGCUGAGACGGGCCGAUCACAAGGUCAGGAGAUCGAGACCAUCCUGGCUAACAUGGUGAAACCCCGUCUCUACUAAAAAUACAAAAAAAGAAAAUUAGCCGCGCAUGGUGGCAGGCGCUUGUAGUCCCAGCUACUUGGGAGGCUGAGGCAGGAGAAUGGCGUGAACCCGGGAGGCAGAGCUUGCAGUGAGCAAAGAUUGCACCACUACACUCCAGCCUGGGCGACAGACUGAGACUCCGUCUCAAAAAAAAAAAAAAGAAAAAGUAAAUACCAGGUGAUAAGAAUUUUUCAGUUCCAUUAUAGUCUUAUGCAACCACCAUUGUAUGUGUGGUUUGUUGACAGAAACAUCGGUUAUGCAGGGCAUGACUGUACAGUGGUAUACUUUGCAGUGUGGUUGAGAGGAUCAGGUGAGAUAAUAUAUGUUAAAAGACUUUAUAAAAUAUAAAAGAGUUUGUCAUUGUUACUACUUCCUAGAAGUGGACAUAAGAUAGAAGUAAAAAGAGACAAAGAGGCCAGUUUGGAGUAAAAGAGGUUUACAUUCCCUCUCUAAUUGCCAGUGAGUGUGAAAUCACUGUAUGACUCUUACAGAAACAGGUCAGGAAACUGUGUCUGAUCAAGUUGUUCUUGCCAUGCCUUUAAGGAAUAAUGUAAACCGGUGACUUUCAUUCAACAUAUCAAAAAAGUGUCACUAACCUUUCCCUAGCCAGUCAUGCUACCAAGCAUGGGAAUGUUAGUAUUUAGGUUUACAUCAGUAUUUCUUUAAGUGAAAAGAUCUAAUGGAGACUCACCUUAUCAGAUGAGAUUAGCUAUAUAAGCUAUAUCCAUAAUAUACAUCAUAUAAGAUCUGAAUUCCCAAGAUAAUUGGCAAGUUGUUUUUGUUUGUUUGUUUGUUUGUUUGUUUGCUUUUGAGACAGAGUUUUGUUCUUGUCGCCCAGGCUAGAGUGCAAUGGCACGAUCUCGAGGCUUACCGCAACCUCUGCCUCACUGUUUCAAGUGAUUCUCCUGCCUCAGCCUCCUGUGUAGUAGCUGGGACUACAGGUGCCCCCCGCAACGCCUGGCUAAUUUUUUGUAUUUUUAGUAGAGACAGGGUUUCACCGUGUUGGUCAGGCUGGUCUCAAACUCCUGACCUCAUGUGAUCCACCCACCUCGGCCUCCCAAAGUGCUGGGAUUACCGGCGUGAGCCAUUGCACCUGGCAACAGUUGGCCUUUGAGACACACUGUAUUCUGGUUUAUGAUAGAAUUUAUCAGUCUUCUUAAGGAAGACGGAAUAAUUUCCAGGACCCCUAAUAAAGGGGUUCUGAUUCAUUCUCAAUCUAAAAGAAUGAGUUUGUAAAACUCUUUUCAACCUAUAUUCCUCAGACCAACUUCCAAGUAGCUGAUCACUUCCCUUGAUUUAAUUUCACAAAGUUAAUCAUAGGAAUAAAGAAGUUGUCAAGGCAAUUAGAGAGAAAAGAAUAGCAUAUUGAGAAAGUUUGAAGUGAAGAGUAUAAAUUUCAUGUGGAAAAAGGGAAAGCAGGAUAGAGUUUCCAAGAGUCCAGAGAAAAGAGGGUUGUUACUUUGGGGAUAAACCAGUUGGCUUAGAAAACAUUUGGCCUAGAAAUUUUGGUUAGUGUAGUGGUAACAACAGAGUGCAAAAGAUUAAAUUUUAGAUGUUUCUUCCAGGUCAAAUCCAAAAUCCUUCAACACUAUGCAAAUAAAUUCCUCUCUUUUUAAUUUCAUUUUCCCUGUACUACUGAGUCCUGUAGCCUUGCAAUUGCACUACUGUCUGUUUUCUCUCUUCAUUUCUGACCCUUCUUUCUUUUCCCUCACCUUUAUACCACUUUCCAUUGUCAUUUUCCCGAUUGUGGCAUCUUAGGAAACUCUGGUAAGCUUUGUACUUACAGAUCCAGCCAGUAAGGUCUGUAAUGGACAGAUAACUUUCUUUGCAGUGAGCCAGAGCUUCAGUUUGCUUCCUCACGGUGCAACAGGAAUGGCAUCUCAUUAAAAUUGAACAUUAAGGGCCUGAAGGUGCUUUGACUAAUUUUUCUGUCUGGGCGUUGUUACUUAAGAGAUCUAGAAGUUGAAAAAUCCCCCUUCUCAUAGUAUUCGGAGCAAUCAGCCUUAGAGACUGCUGCCUACUCUGAGGCAGGGGACACUGGAAGGUUGGUGAGGUUUGCCUCUGAGCAUGCCCCCAAAGAGCCUCCCUUUAUUCCUAGAAGCUGGCAGGGUUUCUUUUCCUCCUACAAGUGGCAACCCGAAUUCUGAGUUGAAAGUGAAUCUUUGCCCUUGGCUCCUCUCCAGCAUUCCUCACUGAGCGAAUAGGGAUUUGGAAUGUCAGAAAAUAGAAGAGGGGAGGGGAAAAGAUGUGUGUAUGACUGUGAGUGUUUAUAUGUAAAAGCAGCUUCGUCUGGGAGGACUUAGGGAAACUUGACUUCCUCAGACUGCUUCCUUCUUAUAAACUCUUGGUUCCUUAUUUAUCAUUUUUCGUUUUUGUUUUUUAAGUUGUUUGACCUGAUUUUAUCAUAGUAGUUCCAAAUGCCUUACAGCCCAGUGGAGUCAAGCUAAGGAAAGACAGCAUGAUUUCCACAGGAUUUGUAUUUCUUCCCUCUGGAUAAAGUGAUAGUAGUUCCCAGACUCGCUGCCGGCAGGAUCCAAGGUCGUCUUUCCUCCAGGAUUUAAUCUGGUGUCAUCAGGAACCUAGACUCAGGUUUUAUUGGAGAGCAAGCCUCAAUAAGAAGUGUCCUUUGAGGAGAAUCAAGGACUCAAUCUAGGCAUAAAAGGUGUUGCUCAGCACAAUACCCUCUACGUUCUAUCCAAAGUCAUCUUGCAUCAACUCAAAAGGAGAGAUUCUGUGAGGGUAACCUACAGGGGAAAUUUCCCAGCUUUGUGUGAAGAAUCCAGUGGUUGAGUGUCUAUCUGCAUCCUGAGGAACCAUGUCCUCUUUAUAUACCCGAAGUAAAGAAUUCACUCGGAAUAGGAAAUCUCAGUCUGAUUCUCCCCCAGCAUCUCCCUCCCCGACUGCCAAGACGCUCCGACAUGAAAGACUUUCUAGGUUGGAAUCGGGAGGUAGUAAUCCUACAACCAGUGAUUCUUACGGUGACCGGGCUUCAGCAAGAGCCCGUCGGGAGGCCCGGGAGGCCCGCCUAGCCAUCCUGACCAGCCGUGUAGAAGAAGACAGCAACAGAGAUUAUAAAAAACUCUAUGAGAGUGCUCUGACUGAAAACCAAAAACUGAAAACAAAACUUCAGGAAGCCCAGCUAGAGCUGGCAGAUAUAAAGUCCAAGCUUGAGAAGGUGGCCCAGCAGAAACAAGAAAAGACCUCUGACCGAUCAUCAGUGCUGGAGAUGGAGAAACGGGAGAGGCGAGCCUUGGAGCGCAAAAUGUCAGAAAUGGAAGAAGAAAUGAAGGUGUUAACAGAACUGAAAUCCGACAACCAGAGGCUGAAAGAUGAAAAUGGUGCCCUCAUCAGAGUCAUCAGCAAACUGUCCAAGUAGGCUAGGCUCCAGAUUUAUGAGGAAAGAAAGGGACAGCAUUUGCUGCCCCCACCCCUCUUUUCCAGUCCUUGCCUUCCAACCAAAAGAAAUGGAUGUUUUGGUGGAAGGACACUUCUUUCUAUCACCCUCUUCAGUCACCUCUAUACACUCUACAUUUUCUCUGCACUUUCAAUGCCCUGUUCUUCCAAACCCCUAUCCCAAGUUUUAUGACAGUUUUAAUUGAAGCAUGAUUGUGGUAAUUCGAGCCAUCUGGAGAAUGCUCUGGGGAGUACACCAGGCUCAGCUGUGGACCCCUCAACUUCCUGCUGCUCAGCUACUUUGUCCACAUUGGAUUUGGUCCAAACAUGUAAGACUUCUACCCUAAUCAGUAUCCUUCAGCUUUUUACAUUAACCCAGUGUCCUCUGAUAUAGGUGAGUCUUGUGGUAGCCACUCCAGGAUCCUGAUUGGGGUGCCAAGAGAAACAGCAGGAUGUUGAAUUGAUCAUCAGAUGCCCUCUGGAAUGGUUAGCAUCCAAGGUGACAGUGACUGCAUUGAGGCGCUCUAUUCUUCUUCGCCUCUCAGGAACUGACUUUUAUUUUUUCUGUCAACACCCAGUAAUCUCCCUAACUAGUUUUAACCCUUAUUCCUCCCUCAUACCUAGCUGUUUCUCCAAGGCUCAAAUGGCCCUGGCUUCAUUUAUGCCUUUCCUUUCUAUCCUUUUAUAUUUUUCCCUUCCCCACCCCCUCACUUAAUGGUAUAAAAGCUAGGACAGAGCACCUGACCUCAGUUGUCUUUGGCCAUUGUGGGAAGUCAUUAUUCUGGAGACAAGAAAAUCAUCACUCUGGUGCCUUGGUGGCAGCACCACUGCCUGCUCCCUGAAAGCUAGACUAUGGCAUAAGUGUCAGCUCAUUGUUUUCAUCUCCCACUUAUCUUCCCCCUUCAAAGUGAUUUUCUUUAUAAGAAAAUUUGGGCUCUGAAUACUCCAUUCUGCCUCACUUCCUUGACCUUGUUUUCCUCUCUUCGCUCUGACACCUGCUUCUAAUGAGAAAUGAAGUCAGUGCAAGGAGGAAUGAGAGGUGGGGAGGGGAGAUUGUUGGGAGAUGGACUAGGAAGUGGAAGCAGGCUGGAAAGACACAUAUGGUGAAAGUCAAGUAUCUGAGGCCACUUGCAACAUUGUGACAAAGAAGAUGGAAGAUAGCAGCCCACUGGGCUGUGAGAAUAGUGGUGAAUUUGAUUAUUUCCAGUGGUUAGAUUUAGCAGAGAUUUACUUUCUUAGAAAUUAAUAGGGGAAAUGGCACUUAAUAGAGGUUUAAUGGAAUGAAGUACUUUCAACCCAUUGAUGAGAGUCAUGGAAGUUUAGAGUGGCAAGACCCAGAGGUCAUUAGGUCCAGCUUUCUAUUAUUGUGUCACAGGGACCCCUGCUACCACAGCUUUCACCCAUGGGCAUGGUCAGGUAGCCUCUGGUGGCUAUGCAUUUAUUACUCAAAAGUUGGGCAACUCUAAUAACGAGAGAGUUUUUCCUCAUAUCAGCUGAAGUCUGCCUGUGGAUUCUCCUUGUAGUCCAGAUCUACUAUCUGCAACUCUUUAACGGCACUUAAGAUAUGUGCAGUGGGUGGUCUCCCCCGCAGUCUUACUUUGAGCUGCUGUUACUCUAGUCCUUUCAGUCAUUCCUCAUAUGGCAUGCUUUUCUUACCUGUCACAUCUUGGCCAUCCUCCUCUAGACAAAACCAGCCUUUAAAAUAUCAUGCCCAGGCCUGGAAAGAAUACAAAUCCAGUGCAAAAUUAAACCAUUAGUUCUUGAUGAUAACCUAGCAUUAAUACUUACAAUAUUUUCUUUUUGUAGGAGUUUUAUCCCUUUGUUCACUUAAGUGUGCAAGUCAUUAAAUCCUCAUCAUUUUAGGGUUGCCAAUGAUAUUCAGUGUUUAGAGUGGUUCAUUCCCUUAAUAUAUACUACCUCCGUCUGUUAAUUAUUUCCUAACAUGACGUGUAGCUCUCCAUGGUCCUCCCUCUGAAACAUCACAUGCUAUUUAAACUAGAAGCUGUAAUUCAAGAUCCCAAUUCCGCCGGGUGCAGUGGCUCAUGCCUGUAAUCCCAGCACUUUAGGAGGCCGAGGUGGACAGAUCACGAGGUUAGGAGAUCGAGACCAUCCUGGCUAACACGGUGAAAGCCAAUCUCUACUAAAAAUACAAAAAAUUAGCCGGGCGUGGUGGCAGGCGCCUGUAGUCCCAGCUACUCAGGAGGCUGAGGCAGGAGAAUGACGUGAACCCGGGAGGCGGAGCUUGCAGUGAGUCUUGAUGACGCCACUGCACUCCAGCCUGGGUGACAGAGCGAGACUCCGUCUCAAAAAUAAUAAUAAUAAUAAAUUUUUAAAAAUCCCAUUUACAGAACAGGAGAUAUGUUUCCUCUGACAAAACCCCAUUUUUAGAGUAUAUAAAAUUCUGUCUUUCAUUUCCAACCAUUUUUCAAGAGAAGCUGCUACUAUCUUGAGAAUUCGUAUUAUCAUGGGAGUACUGUAAGUUCAGUUCUCAGGGAAUGCUAAAUUAGAGUAAUAAGUUUUAUAUCCUUCAUUCUGGGAGAAGAAAUCAACAUAAGGUGUUGACUAAUUGAUUAUCCUGGAACAUUUUGAAUAUCGGGGAAGGAAGAUGAUACUUCUUUCUCAAGAAAAGAAAAUUGGAUUAUUAGGAAUACAUCUUGACCCUUUUCCACUCAAUAGACCAGGGAAAGGGGUUACAGAGAGCCUCCUCAGAUCUGUUUGUGCCUUUCAAAAGUAUUGGGGGCAGAUUCUCAAAACUCUUAGAUUGGUGUUGCAUCCCUGCCACUUCACAUGACCCUUCCAUGUUAAAGCUGACUUUUCUUGCCAGAAAGUUUUCCUUGUGACAAGAAAUUUGCAAGCUUUUCAAUCUCAGGAAUACUGGAUUCUGUAGCCAAGAACUCAUGAAAGUAAGUGUAAACUAUCCUAGGUAAUUUCAGGUACUUUCUCUUAUGCAAUUAAUUUUAUUAGAUGAACUGAUUUCUGGUCUAUCUCCAGAGAUAAAAUACCAUUCCUUCACAACUGUAUUGUCUGGAAGCCUCAUGAGAUGGUAGUUAUAGGCCUUCUACUAGCCAGCAGUUCUCUCUGGAUACUGGCAUCAGCAGGUCUCCCUUUUCUUGUGCUGCUUGGACAGGUACCUACCGCUGGCCUCUUCAGUGGCCACAAUCCUCAGUCCUCACCUGCUGGUUUGGAGACUCAUGAGCACCCCAGGCAGCUCAAGCUGAAUAAAUAGCUGCAGACAUGGCCAACAACAUGGGGCUCAGGUCUGUCACUUAACUUAGAGUCUUUACAUGAAAUAUCAGAAUGGGAAAGAGAAUGUUCCUGGUAAAACUCUGUUUUCAUUAAUUUGUUAUUUUUCAAAAACCAAGCCACACCUUUGGAAGUAAUGAUUUGGCCAUUCCAGAGAUUCUGGGGCUAAAGUUUGUUUUUCCAGGGCUGCUGAUCCUUUUCCAGAUAGCUCCAGAGUAUGAUGACCCCAGCCCCAUCCCAAUCUCUAGCGAAAGGGUUAUGCAAAUCUCAGGGUGUUGCCUCUAAAGAAUCUAAAGAAUAGACAUGCUUUGGGCUUACUCAGUGUACCAGAUUCUCUAGUGGGCCAUUCUCAUUUGAUAUUCCCUAGAACCUCCCUGUCUUCCAACUGCAGGAUGUGUUUACUUCUCUUCUGGGCUUCCCCUGGUUUCUGUCCUAGUUCCCACCCCAAGUUUAAGAAGACUUAGAUUCAUUUAUUGCUAUCUGAGGCCACUAGUGAGAUUUCAGAUCUCUCUUUUGCAACAUUUUACCCAUUUCCCUUCCCCAAACCAUGUGCUUAUUAGAUGGUUCCACUCAGGAAGCAAGGAAGCUAAAACUCAAGUUAAUGGUCUGUGGAUCCCACGAAAGUGUGUGUAAACUACUGACUGUUUCUCCACUAGAGGCAUUUAAUUGAGCCAAAGAUGAUGGAAGAAGAAACUCUCAAAGCCAUGUACUUUGUUAGGUGUCUGGAUUUUUGGCCUCUUUGCAGCCUCUCCUAGCCACAGACAGACACUGUCUCCUCUCAAAGAAAGGCCAGUGUUUCAGUCCAGGCCACUGGUGAGUGUCGGCACCCUUGAGGUGGGCAUGAGUGAGCAGAAGAAGCCUGGAGAAGAGAGAACUAUUUAAAAGUGUUGCCAGUUACUCAGCUUCCAGGCGGCUUUGAACCUCCAAAGGUGCAAAAAGGAAAAAGAAAGCAGAAGGGAUUCAGCAUUUAAGCAGAAAGAAAAGGGAAAUUCUACUCUACCAGAUGAGCCACUGGUUCCACUGGAGCUUAUCAGUGAAGUAACACUGCAGGAGCCCUGGUAUCCUUCCCUCAGAGAUAUCAUCAGGGGCCCUCAAACCCCAUUGUUUAUGCCAGCACUGACCGCACUUUAAGCACACACUUACCAAUCAGAGGUGGUGUAAUUGGCCUAAAUCUAGGCCCAGUUAUUACUACAGAUCUUAGUCACCAUACUCCGUCGCCCAGGCUGGAGUGCAGUGGUGUGAUCUCAGCUCACUGCAACCUCCACCUCCCAGGCUCAAGGGAUCCUCUCACCUCAGCCUCCCAAGCAGCUAGGACUGCAGGUGUGCACCACCCUGCCCAGCUAAUUUUUGAAUUUUUUUGUAGAAAUGGGGUUUUGCCAUGUUGCCCAGGCUGGUCUGAAACUGCUGGGCUCAAGCAAUCCACCUGGCUGGGCCUCCCAAAGUGAUAGGAUUACAGGCGUAAGGCCCGACGCCCAGCCUACCAUACUGAUUUGCAAGGCAGGGUCUAACCCUUCAUAAGAUGUGAGUUCUUCCAACCCAAUAAGCAGGCAGCUUUGAGGACAAAAAGGCAACAUUAAAAGAUAAGACCCUAGAAGUCAGAACAUCUGUAUUCCAAGGCCACCCCUUCUCCUUUUAGUCAUGUGACUUUGGGCAGGUCACCCUGCCUGUCUGUAAAAUGAGGUUGGACUGGAUAAUCUUUAUGUGCCCUUUCCUUUUGGCUUAAAAUUCAGUGAUUUAUUCAUUCUUAGGAAGAUCAGCAUAUUUAUUGGGAUUUCUGCUUCAAAAAUUCUAACCUCAAAAAUCCAAGUCCAGAAUUUUUUGUUUUCUUCUGGAUUUAAACUGUUUAAUAUGAGCACAUCAAGGUUGACUUCUCAUCCUUGUUGGGAAGUGAAUUUAAUAUCGAGGGUAAUUGAAUGAUGUUGCAAUGGCUUUCCCUCCUGAUGGCUUGGUAAGAAUAUUAAAGCCUGCAGAGGUGGAAAUUGGAGCUCAUGGAGAAAUGGAUAGAAAGUAAUUUGUUGCAGGCAGCCUUUGGACAAGUUGUUUUAAUAGGAAAUAGACCUGCUGCUUCAUAGGUUUCCUCAACCACCUUUCCUCAGCUUUCUUAAAAUGGGAUCUACAUUGGCUCUUCACACCCAAAUAGCAGACUAAUCGUUUUUCUGCUUAGCACCGUCUGGUUCAUUGUCUUGAACUCUGCCUUACAGCAGCAAGAAAAUUUUCCUCGAUAAGAACCUCAAUCUUUAGUUCCAUUGAGCUCCCCCUCUGGAUUUUGGACUUAUCAGAAGUAGGAGGUUCUGAUACCAUUCAAGAUGGUCCUUCCUUCAAAGCAGGUCUGAAGAGGAGACUACCAAAGCAGUAAGUGUUUACAAACCCAGAGUCCACACAACCAUAUUGCAUAGAACAGCACUUGGCUUUCACAAGCCUCCUACAGGACCUGGUGUAAUUGGAGUGAAAGGGCAGAGACCCUGGAAGUGGAGGUGGCUGUGUGCUGCGAUGGGAAGAAGGCAGAAGGCCCAGGGGCUUUGGACAUAGAGCAGGGUGGAAGCUGCAAGUACUGGGAAGGAAGAGAGUUUCACAGAACCAAAGCUUUGUCACACAGAAAUGAGUUCUGUCUCACUGGUGACUUCAUCCCUCAGGCUCCAGCUGAGCAGAGAUUUUAAUCAGCUUCCUUAAUGGGUAUUGACACUGCUCAGGAAGCAGUAGACCCUAUCAGGGACAGCUAUUGAUCUUUUGUGUUCUGACUAGAUUGGAAAAUAGAUCAACUUCAUUGUAGUCCAGGAACUGUUGGUCACAGCUACUAGGAAUGAGGUGAUUUCUGAGGGCUGAGAAAAAACACAGAAUCUUGGCCAGCAGCCAGCAGCUGCAUGUUAAAAGAUGCAUUCACUUCUCCUUUGAGAGUUGGGGUUGAGGGCAAACAUAGAACCUAGGUUUGGCUUACAACCCAGUGUCCCGGAAGCCCUCCUUCGGGAGAACUGUAAGUAAGAGGUGGGUGUGUCUAAAGACAAUACCAUUAAUGAAUGUUCUGGCCUUACCUAAAAAGGUUUAGCAAUUUGGGGAUAACUCUUGCAUCUAGCUUAUGUGCGUUCACAUGCACAUUUGCUAGCCCAGAGCUUUUAAAAUGAGGUCUGGCAUAUGCUUCAUUACAAAUGAAAACUCAGAAACCAAAUUUAUUAAAUCAUAUCUUUUGUUUUUCCCCCUCCCUUCUAAUCCCCCAAAGGACCUAUUUGAGCUGUUCCCCAAUUCAUCUGCUUAUUUUGGACCAUGAAUCUGCCAGAGUGAUAUUUUCUGUUAUUUCUCCUCCAAAUUUUUCCCUGAUGUUUCCAAUAAAGAUUUACUUGGGUGGCCCCUUAAGGUGACAUCAGGAUGCUCUUAUGUCCUUCCAGAAUAAGCAUACACUUCACUCCUCUCCCUUUCAUCUCCCUCUGCAUUCUUAAUUCCUUGCUUUUCUCACUUGGAGCCGAGGGUGCUUUAGAGAGGUGGUUUCCCAUGAAUCAGCCAAGAUUCCUGUAGAAGUUGGAUAUACCAACAACCACCACCACCACUGCCCCCUAUUCCAGUUUCAAAGCUCCUCGGCUAUGCUAAUGUCCCCUCAGAGAUGAGGUUUGACUUGUAGGCCCGUAUGACUCCUCCAUAGCCUGGCCAAGGAGACCAUGAGUAGCCAUGUCUGGUUUACUCUUUAUCCUGAGACUGUUUAUAGCUUAAAACAGAAGUGUGUCUUCCCAGCACAAACCUAAUCAGUGUAUCAGUGCAUCUGGUGGCAACAGCUCAGCCCAUUCAAAGAGCAAGGAUUCAGGAAAGGCACACUGAUGGUGGGGAGCCUCUUAAGAGCCUCUAUUGUUCUCCCAAAACCAGAGUUGAGAGUCGGAGUGCCAGUCGUCUGGGCCCAUUGUUCCUGAACAAGGGACAUGCUAGGGCCAGAAGUAGCUUGACUCUCGCCUAUCUGUGCCUUUGCCUGUCCUUUCUCCCACUCUACUGAAACCCGGAACAGAUUCCCGCUUGCCUUCUGAUGAAGAGAGGUUAGGUAAAGAGAGUUUGGAGGAAAAAAGACACCAGGAGGCAGGCUGCGGGGUAGGAGAGGGUUCUGAGAGGAUGCAGCAAUCCAGAAUACCUCCUUUUCUAGCCAGCAUCCCUUGAACUUUUGAAAGGUUGUGCCUACCACUGGCUGGCACGCCAGGGCAAUGAUUUCCCUGCAGAAGGAAGGAAAGAAUGUUUCACCCUUGCAUCCUUCUUGGAAAAGCUACAGCCUGUGCUCAGUUGAGUGGUUCACACUCAGACUUUGGCUUUAUGGUUUUCCUUCCUCCUUGUCUUUGCCCUGACCUUGAUCAACAGGGGUGAAAACCACCCUGAGGUUUCCAUGCCUCUCCCAUUUUAGUGGUAGCAUUUUGUGUCUUUACUCCACCCUUCACCCUAUUUCCACCAAGGUUCACACACCAGAUGUAGCUGUUUUUCAGCUGAGUUGUAUGGAUUAACUUCAGUCCACUGUAAAUACACCUGGGAUGGGGUGGGGUUGGGGGGUGUUUAGGGAGAAGAAGCCAGACUUGCUUUGUGAACUGAAUGUAUUUUUAUGCAAUUUUGAGUGGCCUUUCAACCCUAAGAUGAAUGGUUUUGUUUUACUGGUUGUUUAUUAUAUAGUUUUGAGUAUUCUGUUUGAAAGUUUGGGAAUAAUAAUAUUCACAUCUAUAUGAUGCCUGUAAACACAACAGUAUUUAUAAAUGAGUAAAUAAAACUGUGUUUUAACUUUG